AUGGUCUCGGUGUACGGCUGGUACGGUGCCUAUACCGGGCCUCACUACGGUCCGUCUGCAGAGCGCAGGAAGGCGGGGAUGGUGGAAUUCUGUGCUGUCAGGUGUCAGCUCUCGCUCAGUGACCACGUCCGCUGCUGUGCCAUCUCCACUGUUGCGGACGGAAGGAUUAACCUCAUUCUCCUCUGCUUUUCAGAUCUGCCUGAAGAGCACCUGACCGAGGGCAGCACGGCCGACGGCUCUGAGGCCUUCAGUGACAAAGACACUGACCAGCGCAGCUCCCCUGACGUGACCAAGAGUAAGGGAUGCCUGGCCCCCGAGAGCCCCGAGAUCGUGUCCGUGGACGAAGGCGGGUAUGCCAUCCAGAAGAAUGGGGGGUCCUCUGAGAGCCGCCCCGACACUCCCAAGUACCACGCGGAACAGAACCACCUCCUGAUUGAGGGCCCCUCGGGGACCGUGUCCCUGCCCUUCAGCUUAAAAGCCAACAGACCCCCACUGGAAGUGUUGAAGAAGAUCUUCCCCAACCAGAAGCCCACGGUCCUCGAGCUGAUCCUGAAGGGCUGCGGCGGGGACCUGGUCAGCGCCGUCGAGGUCCUGCUGUCCAGCCGCUCCUCUGUGGCCGGGGCCGAGCGGACUGCCGCCGAGCCCGAGAGCCUGGUCCUGCCCUCCAACGGGCACCUGUUCGAACACACACUCAGCUCCUACCCCCUGUCCUCCUCCAAGUGGUCGGUGGGCUCAGCCUUCAGGGUCCCCGACACACUGCGCUUCUCUGCCGACUCCGGCAACAUGGUGGCCAGCCCGCUGGCCGUGCCUCUGCAGCGUCCCUUCCUCCAGCCGCCCCGCUACCCGCUGAUGCUGAGAGACACGCUGGCUCGGAACCAGUCCAGCCCCUUCUUGCCCAACGACGUCACCCUGUGGAACACCAUGGCCCUGCAGCAGCAAUACCAGCUGCGGCCCCAGUACGGCAGCCCCUUCUCCACCAGCCCUGGCGUCUUCCGCAGCUCCCCCGUCCUCCCCAGCCGCGCCUCUGAAGACCCCCGCAUCUCCAUGCCCGAGGACGGCUGUCCGAUCGUCUCCAAGCAGGCCCUGUAUGCCGAGGAGGAGUAUGAGGAGCGCUCUGACUCGGCAGAUUCCCGGAUACUCAACACCUCGUCCUAA